CGUCGGUCGGUCGUCGUCGUUGUCGAUCGUCGUCGUCAUCGUUGCCGCCGCCGCCGCCGCCGCUGUGGGUCCCCGAUCGUCGCGGACUGGCCCAGCGCAGCCGCUGCGAGUUUUGGCCCGGGGCGCCCCCGCGGCCGCCAGGGGCGCUCCCGCCCCCGGCGUGGGCCGCAUGCGCGCCCCGCCUCCGCGCUCCAGGUGCUGACUGGAGUGGUAGCUGCGGCGCGCUGCCGCAGCUGCGAUGAGCGCCUGGGCUCCCUGGUUCGCGCCAGCUUUCUGGCGGGGCAACCCGCAGGCGGCGGCGGCGGCGCUGUUCCUGGAGGGCGUGGCCCUCCGCGGCGCCCUGCGAGCGGCGGCGGCGGCCCUGGAGGGCGUGGCCUGUUGGGGCGUGUUGCAGGCGGCGGCGGCGCUGGGUGCCAUGCGGCGGCGCGGCCUUCCAGUGCAAGGCCGGCACGCGGCGGCGGCCCUCGAGGGCGUCUUGAGCGCGUCGGCGGUGGCACCCCGCCUCGCCUCGCUGGCGGCGGCGGCGGUGGCCCGUCAGGGCCUGGCCCUCCGCAGCGUCCUGCGGGCGGCGCCGGUCCGGGGCGCCCUGCGGGCGGCCAGCGUGGCCCUCCGCAGAGGCCCGCGGGCGGCGGCGGCGGCCCUCCUGGGCCUUCUGGGGCGCGGGCGGCGCGCGACCGUGCCCCCCUGGGGCGCCAUGCGGGCGGCCGCGGUGUGGCCAGCGGCGGCCGCCUCCGCGGGCUGCUUCGCCUCCGUGGAGGGCGCCCGGCGUCGGCCUGGUCUUCUGGGCCGGCGGGGGUGGCGCGCUACUGCGGCCUUCUGGGGCGCCAUGCGAGCGGCGGCGGCGCUGCUGCCGGCGGCGGCCGCCUCCGCGGACUGCUUCACUUCGGUGGCCCAUUUCGAGCACUGCUGCUGCCAGGCCAGCCCAGAUUGCUGGGUGCACACCACCACGCUGUCUGCGGAGAGGUGCUGCUCGCACCUGGUGCAGCACUGCCCGCGGGCGGCCUCCCCGCCCGCCGCAGCCGCUGGGCUGCCGGAGGGCGGCGUGUGCGCGGGCGAGACGUGCGCCGCGGCCGAGGCCGAGGAGGUCGGCCGCGCAUCGCGGCCGAGGGACGACGGCCCUGGCUGCUGGGAGCUGCAGGUGUACUCGCGGACGCACUGCUGCGACCGGCGAUUCGCGCCGCCCAACUCGCGCUGCUUCGACACGCUGGCGGCGGCCUCCCUCGGCGGCCCGGCGGCCGGGCCCGCUGUGCAGACCGUCAACGUGCACUUGACCCCUUACGGGGCCGGCGGCGCGCCGGCCAGCCCGGCCCCUGGCGCGGGCCCUGCGACCCGCGACGUGGGCACGCAGACGGAGCCCGAGGAGCCGGCGCCCCGAUCGGCCCCGGCGGCUCCGACCCGCGCGCCCCGGGCGGCGCGCGUCGAGGCCUGGGCCUACGCGGUCUGGGCGAGCCCGGCGGCCCAGGACCUCGUGGGGGUCCACUGCGGCGCCAGGCGGGCCUGGGACGCCAUCGCCGGGCGGACCGGCGGCUACCGCUACUUCCGCAGCGACCGCUUCCGCCGCUUCGCCUCGGAGGACGAGGCGGUCGCGGGCUACCUCGCCGAGGAGGACGUCUUCGACACGGGCGAGGGGGAGGUCGACGACCCAGGGGCGUGGUUCGAGCAGGCCACGCCGCAGUACGUGGACAGCGUCGACUCGGACUACGAGGUCACUGUGGCGGCGCUGCGGGUGCGGGCCGACACCCUCUCUACCGUGGCGGUGGCGCCGUCCGGCAGGCUCGACACGGUAUACGAGGCGAUGCUGCUGCCUGCCUGGGAUCGCGCCGGGACGCCUCUGGACGGCCAGCUGCUGUCGGCCGAGAUCAUGGAGACCCCGAGCGCCCUGGUGCGGCGCUUUGCUUCCGCGCCCCCAGCCGAGGGCGAGGCCGGCGGCGGCCCGACUCGGAAGGCGGCCCCCCCGUUCGACGCCCUCCCGCAGCAGGCGGCCGGCCUGCAGCCAGCGGGCCAGACCGCGGGGCCCCAGCUCCAGGGCGCCCCCGCUGGCUCCGGCGGCCGCGAGGAGCAGCUGAUGGCCCUUCUGUCCCAGAAGACGUCACUGCUGGGGGCCCUUGCUCAGAGCAGCGGGUGCCAGCCGGACACGCUGUCGUUCCUGGCGGACGGCGGGCGCGACGACGGGCUUGGCGAGAACGCUGGCAUGAGGCUUGGAGGCGCGCGCGGUGCCGCUGCGCUCGAGCUGUUUUGCCGCCAGGUCCAAGGCGCCCCCCGGGCCAUCUCCGCCAUGGCGAGGCGGAACCGCCAGCUCAACAUGACGGGGGCCGCGAGCGAGGAGGGCACGAGCGGCUCCACGCGGAAUUACUUUGCUCGGAACGUCCCAUUCGGGCAGGCGAGGUCGUCGGCAUUCCUGGUCUUCGGCAUGGCGGAGGUGUUCGACCUGAUGGAGCGCGGCGCGUGGCAUGCAGCCGAGGCUCAGCUGGCGCUCCUCCUCUGCGCGUCGGAACAGGCAGCCCUGCGGGAGUGGCGCUGGACGUCAGCCUGGCUGCUGACACACCUCCCCGAGCCUCCCUGGACUUCGAUCCGCCAGGCGCCGGCGCGCGGGCAGAUCCGCCCCAUGUCUCGCCUGGCCUCGCUCGAGUGGGUCGCGGCAGCGAUCGGCUACACCAAGGACACCCUGGCCCUCGAGGGCGCGGGGCGGAAGCUGGCGCCAGCCCCCGCACCGAAGACCGAGGAGGGCGGGGGCAAAGGCGGGGGCUCGAAGCGCCACUGCAAGGCCAGUGGCGCGCCCCCUCACGAGAGGCUGGUUGGCGGCGACAAUUCGAUGGACGUGGGCAUCCGCUGGGGCUUUGGUCUGAUCCGCCGCCUGCGCGGGCUCCGCACGGCCUUCGGCGCCUUCGUCCGCUCUUCCAUGCACGCCGCUGGGGCCCAGGAGCACAUGUGGGUCAACGCCAUCGUCCUCGCGCUCUCCCACUUGCACCUGGGCGAGACGCGGAGCUGCCCGCCGCGCGCCCGUGCUGGGGGCCUCUCAGCCCCUCUCAGUCUGAGAUGGCGUCCAGGUUGA